UGACCCAGCUCUGUCGUUAGGUAAGGAGCCGUUUUUUCGAGUUGACUCAGGGAGUUGAAAGCUUAACUCGUUCGUCUUCUCCACUGUGAUGGCCGCCUGAAACCAGACGUUACUGUCCAAAAUUGGUACCGAUCGAGGGAUUAGGUGUAUGUCUCGGCACUGACUUUUAUUCGCGCUGAGGAUAACUCCUGGAGGUUUUUUUGUACGAGUGAACUUCUUCACGACCGCCGCAGAGGUUACCUACGAGACGGAACACCUCUUCAGUCCAGAGAUGAAACGGAGCUCUUGUUCUGGUUCAGUCAAGCUUGUUUCGAACUCAAAAGUCUUGGAGCCGCGGGCAACCACUCGUCGUCUUCUCUCCACUCGUUCUCACAUCUUGGUGCGCCUUUCGAAACAAAAGCUCUUGAAACCCUCUAUUCGGAAUAUGUUGAUCCGGCAUUAGUGCUUUGGGUGAAUUGGUCGGAGUCUGAAAGUUGCAAUAGCAAUUAAAAUCUCUGAAUGCUCGAUUGGUUGUUGCCAUGAUUUCUGUGCUUUUGCUUGGUCAUUUGGUUGGUCGGAGAUUCUCUAGCACUCGCUGUAUUUCACGAUCCACAUGUGGCCGGUUCUUCGGAAGUUGCGACGGUGAUGAUGGGUAUGGUAUUAAUGAUGAAUUAUCAAUUCGAAGUUAUGGAAAGUCAGAUUAUGAUCCGGCUUUGCACAUUGGCCUUUCAUAUGAUGAUGGCGAGGGAAACGGUUCUCAGCAAGAUUGCUUCAAUCGGCAGAGGCUCUUGGAUGAUGUCAGAUUCAACGCCGAGAAGAUUCUUGCAACUCUUCAGCAAGAUGGGCCAGGUUUUGAUGUCAGAUCAGCUUUGGAUGAGUUGCAGCUUAAGGUGUCAAGCCGUCUUGUCAGAGAAGUUCUUAUAAGGAUCUCUAAAACAAUAAACCAUGCAAACAAGAACCGUUGUGCUAAGUUAGGAUAUAAGUUCUUCAUGUGGUCUGGUCAGCAAAGUGAUUACAAGCACACCUCAAACGCAUACCACUUGAUCAUGAAAAUUUUUGCAGAUUGUGAGGAGUUCAAAGCCAUGUGGAGAUUAGUCGAUGAGAUGACGGAGAAUGGCUAUCCUACUACUGCACAAACGUUUAAUAUUUUGAUAUGUACCUGUGGGGAGGCAGGCAUGGCAAGGAGGUUGGUGGAGAGGUUCAUCAAGUCAAAAAAUUUUAAUUUCCGGCCGUUCAAACACUCUUUCAAUGCAAUUCUACAUUCACUUCUUGUAAUAAACCAAUACAGGUUGAUUGAGUGGGUGUAUCAACAAAUGCUACUGGAGGGGCAUUCCCCUGAUGUUCUCACUUAUAACAUACUUAUGUGUGCAAAGUAUAGGUUGGGGAAGUUGGAUCAGUUCCACAGACUACUUGAUGAGAUGGGAAGGAAUGGAUUUUCCCCGGAUUUACACACAUAUAAUAUCCUCCUCCAUGUGCUUGGUAAAGGGGACAAACCACUUGCAGCCCUUAAUCUAUUGAAUCACAUGAAAGAAGUAGGUUGUGAUCCAAGUGUGCUCCAUUUUACCACACUGAUAGAUGGACUUAGUCGUGCUGGAAACUUAGAGGCAUGUAAGUAUUUUUUUGAUGAGAUGGUUAAGAAAGGGUGCACUCCUGAUGUGGUAUGUUACACAGUCAUGAUCACUGGAUAUAUCAUUGCUGGGGAGCUUGAAAAGGCCCAACAGAUGUUUGAUGAGAUGAUUGUCAAGGGGCAGCUACCAAAUGUUUUUACAUAUAAUUCCAUGAUUCGUGGACUUUGCAUGGCUGGAAGGUUUAAAGAGGCACGUUCAAUGCUUAAUGAAAUGGAAUCCCGAGGAUGCAAUCCAAAUUUUGUUGUGUAUAGCACACUGGUGGGUAAUCUGCGAAAUGCAGGAAAGCUUUCUGAAGCUCAUGAAAUAAUUGGAAAAAUGGUGGAGAAGGGCCAUUAUAUCCACCUCCUCUCUAAAUUCAAGGGAUAUAGAAGAUGCUGAAGUUUUAGAUUGUGUUGACAAGUUGACAAAGUUAAAUUUGGGCUGUGAUUCUGAAUCUAGAUGUCUUUCCACAGGUUGUGGCUUACCCAUGAUAUGCUGUUCUCCUUGUUAUCUUUGUGAUUUGGAAUCUUAUCAAACCCAGCUACACUUGUUUUUUUAUAUAUUGCUUCAAUCCUUUCCUUACUAUUAAAAGAAUAACACUUGUCAGAAAAGAACAAAAAAAGACUUACAUAUUUCUAUAUGGCUGGUUUUUGCUUCUAUUUUUUUUCACUGUUGCUGAUUCUUUGUAUCUUCUUCAGAGAAUUUUUUCUUUUAUUGGAAACAGUAAUUUUCAUUAAUUCUUUAAGAAACGUAGUACAACUGUCACCUUCAAAAAACAAGGUGACCCCUCCACAGAUUACAAACAGGCCCAAAAAAGGUUCUGCCUACCAACUCCUUGCUUUGCUAAAGUAUCAGCCAUUGCAUUGGCUGAUCUCCUACUCCAUUUAAACCUGCUAAAGUAUCAGCCAUCUUCUUCAGAGAAUUUAACAUUUUAUGAAAUAGGAUCUGAUUUUUCGAGGCAAUUAAGUUGGGCUCUAACUCUCCAAAGUUGCAUGAAUUAAUUCAGAUUUUUCAAUUGCUUAAGUGCAAAUGCUUCCAACUGCCUAUGUCAAUCCC